GAGGAGAGCGUGCUGGCCGUCACCAUCACCGAGACCACGGUCAUCGAGGCGGACCUGGGCGUGUGGAGCUCGCGGGCGCUGCUCUACCUCACGCUCUGGUUCUUCCUCAGCUUCUGCACCCUCUUCCUCAACAAGUACAUCCUCUCGCUGCUGGAGGGCGAGCCCAGCAUGCUGGGCGCAGUGCAGAUGCUGUCCACCACGUGCAUCGGCUGCCUGAAGAUUUUCGUCCCCUGCUGCCUGUACCAGCACAAAGUCCGGCUCGCCUACCCGCCCAACUUCAUCAUGACCAUGCUCUUCGUGGGCCUCAUGAGGUUCGCCACCGUGGUGUUGGGCCUGGUCAGCCUGAAGAACGUGGCCGUGUCGUUUGCCGAGACGGUGAAGAGCUCCGCCCCCAUCUUCACUGUGAUCAUGUCCCGGAUGAUCCUGGGGGAGUACACGGGGUUGCUGGUCAACCUCUCCCUCAUCCCUGUCAUGGGAGGCCUGGCACUGUGCACAGCCACCGAGAUGAGCUUCAACAUCCUGGGGUUCUCAGCCGCGCUGUCCACCAACAUCAUGGACUGUUUGCAGAAUGUUUUUUCCAAAAAGCUCCUCAGCGGGGACAAGUACAGGUUCUCGGCGGCCGAGUUGCAGUUCUACACCAGCGCCGCCGCCGUGGCCAUGCUGGUCCCCGCCUGGGUCUUCUUCAUGGACCUGCCGGUGGUCGGGAGGAGCGGGAGGAGCUUCAGCUACACGCAGGACGUGGUGCUGCUGCUGCUGAUGGACGGCGUCCUGUUCCACCUGCAGAGCGUCACGGCCUACGCCCUCAUGGGCAGGAUCUCCCCCGUGACCUUCAGUGUCGCCAGCACCGUGAAGCACGCCCUGUCCAUCUGGCUCAGUAUUAUCAUUUUCGGCAACAAAAUCACCAGCCUGUCGGCCGUGGGCACCGUCCUGGUGAUGGCGGGCGUCCUGCUCUACAACAAGGCCAGGCAGCACCAGCGGGAGGCCAUGCAGAGCCUGGCCUCAGCCAGCUGCACGCCGGAGGACGGCACGGAGCCGCUGGUGCCCAAGGACCCCAGGCCGCACCACUGAGCGCCAGGGCCUCGAGGCGCAAAUGGCUGCCCUCCUGCGGAUGCGGCCUAACCCCCCUAGUCAGCUGGGGUAGGAAAGUGCAUGUGCGGCCAUUCCCGCCCCUUUCUGGGGUUCCAGUCAAAACCAGCGGGAAUGUGAAUGGGGACCCCCGACAUUGGCUCCCUGGGGG